UUUAUUUUCGACGACCGAACUUGAAAUAACAUAGUUAAAACUAUCAAAUACAACGAAUUUUAAAUGAUUUUAGUAAUAUUGUGAUAUUAGCAACUUACAACAAUAGCAACGUAUUAUUAAAAUAGUAGUAAAUAUCGUAGGUUAUAAUUCACAUUCGUAAUGGUUUUGAUUGUGACUCUUCCGUAAACGUCUUUCUGCGGUGUUCUAAAUUUCAAAUGCUCAUAUCACAAGCUUCGAUAACACCCCAGCAAGCUAAUGUUGACAAGAUGAGGACAUAUUCGCGGAAACGCCCAGAAUAUAAAGAAAUUGAAGACGUACAUAAUUUGUGUAGACUGUGCCUCGGCAACGCUAAUGGAGCAAUACCAAUCUUCAAAAACAAUGAAUCUGGAGAUGUUUGUGCGGCUGUUGCGUUAAGGAUCAUGAUAUGUGUUGGAUUGGAGAUGACUAAUGAAGACUGCCUUCCAAACACAAUCUGCCAGGAAUGCCACAAUGAACUAGAAAGACAUUAUGCAUUUCGAAAAAAAUGUGAGACAUCAUAUCAGAAAUUAAAGUCUCAUGUGUUGGCAGUUAAAGAGAAGGAAUAUAAUUUGAAGAUGGCACAACAGAAAGAGCAAAGUGAUAUGGUACAGACAGAGAAGGUUGACGAGCAAGGCAGAUCCAAUUUAGUAUUUACCAUUAAUAUGGAUGGAACUAUUUCUGUUUGUGAAAAUAAUGUUCCAUCUGAUGGUCCCUUAGUAACGCUAAAAAGAUUAGAUGAUAGCAACUCCAUUUUCUCAAACAAAGUCGCAGCAGACUUUCUACAGCCAUCCCAGCUUUUGAAACAGUCAGAUACAAAAUCUCAACCAUUCAAGCAGUCUGUUAAAAGUAGCCAAUUAAUGAAACCGCUACUGAAAAGCAAUGUACCUGAUAGUAGUAAGGAACCAGUUCCUCAAUUUAAUGGAAUUCAGAAUAAUUCCAUAGCAAAUGAGCUUUCACCAAACACUACAAAUUAUUUAAAUAGCGACACAUUAAACCCACCUUCAGCCGUAUUACAAAAUAAAGACGGCAAUACAGAUGUAUCAAAUAAUGAACUAGAAGAAAUGGAGUUUUCUACAUUUUUAUCCAGCAUGUUGGUAGAACUGGGCAUUUUAAGCCAUCAAAAUGAGACUGUAGAAUUUGUGGAUAUGGAUACUAAGAUGCUGGAACUUGAAACUGGUGAUGGGCAACAAUUAACUGUAGAAUUGACUGAGGAAGAAUCAGAUAAGGAACAACGUGAAGAAGUAGUAACAAUUAACGGUGAUGAAGGAAAACAAUCGGUUGUCAUCCAAUAUAUAACAUCCAAUUAUAAUGAGAAACAUAAAAAUGGAGUGCCAAUAAAAGGCCCAGCGUGGUGUUCGACGUGCGGCAAGAAAUUCGUGUCCAUGUCGGUGGUGGCGCGACACGUGCGCGACGUCCAUGUACGUGAGCGGCCUUUCGCCUGUCGCGUCUGCGGGAAAACAUUCGCGCAGAAAGAAGUCAUGCUCCGGCACCAACAUAUUCAUGAAGCCGAGCGUCCGUACAAGUGCGGAGAGUGCAGCAAGAGCUACGCGCAACGCGGCGCGCUGUUGGCGCAUGCUCAGGCGCACCUUCCGACGCACGCGCGAGCCAUCUCGUUGCACCAAUGCCCUAAAUGUCCAAAGGUCUUCCUCUACUCUUCCGGGCUCAGUCGCCACAUGUCGACACACACCGGCCGGCAGUACGUGUGCGGCGGGUGCCGACGGCAGUUCAACGACAAGAGUGCCCUGAAACGUCACAUGGCCACAGCAAAUCACGGCUCGAACUUGCCUCCUCCGAAUCUCAAGCCUGCACCUCGCUCCACGGCCAGCGACACUGCCGGAUGAACUGUGACUCACGUUUAGAAAUGUUUCUGAAUGAGAUACUCGACUAAUGAACGUACUAUGUACAGAACAUUCGCAAUAUCGGUCAAUGCCAGUGGUUCUCACCCUAGAGUUACGAAUCCC